AUCGCCCCUCCUCCCUCACCGCGGCGGGCGGUGGCUGUUCCGUGGGCUGACGCUCCUCCCUCGCGGCUUCCCCGGCUAGGCCCCGCCCACUCCGCGAGCUCAACCACCGAGGGAGAGGCGGCUGCGCAGCGACCGGACCGGCGGCAGCGACAUCAGGAGCAGCAGCAGCAGCGGGAGGCGACAGCGAGGCUCGCAGAAGCGGAGGAGGCCCGAGCGCCGCCGCCAUGGUGAAGAUCGCGUUCCAGUCGCCCUUCGCCCACAAGGACGAGCCCAAGAAGGAGGCGGCGGAGGCCCUGGUGGCCGACAAGGAUCCAGAAGUUGCUACUCACAGCCAUGAAAGCUCCUCUGGAAGAUGCCUGCUGACCCUGCUGGGUAUUGCGUUCAUCUUAGCUGGAGUGGUGGUUGGUGGAGCCUGCAUCUACAAGUACUUCAUGCCAAGGCAUAAAGUGUACAAUGCAAAACUAUGCAUUGAAGCAGAGAAACAUCCAGAUAAUGCUGCAGAACCGUACUUCCUACCCAUUGCCGAAGUUGCUGAUAUCCGGGAGGAUGAUAACAUAGCAAUCAUUGAUGUCCCAGUUCCAAAAUUCUCUGACAGCGAUCCUGCAGCUAUUGUUCAUGAUUUCGACAGGCUUCUGACGGCCUACCUUGACCUGCAACUGGGUAACUGCUACGUGAUCCCUCUGAACACCUCCAUUGUGAUGCCACCACGGAACCUGAUAGACCUCUUCGCAAAAUUAGCAACUGGUUCCUAUCUGCCUCAAACUUAUCUUAUUCGUGAAGAAAUGGUUGUGACGGAAGAGAUUGAUAAUGUGUCAGAUCUGGGCAUUUUCAUUUAUCAGCUCUGUGCAGGGAAGGAAACUUUCAGACUUCAGCGCAGAGAUAAGAUCAUGGGUGUCCAAAAACGCUCUGCUGAAAAAUGCCACUCAAUCCGGCACUUUGAAAAUGAGUUUGUUGUGGAAACCAAGAUCUGCCAGCAGUGAAAAAGACAGGUUGGAAAGUGACAAAUCUCGCAUCUUCACCGAGAAGUCCAAGCUUUACAUUUUAAACUUCAGAAUUAAAAAAAAAGUGCAGUGAUAAUCAAAAGCCUUAUGCUUUUUUUGUGUAUUGCUUAGAUUUAAGGAAAAAGAAAAAAAAUAAGCACGCUCCAAAGUCACCAUGUUGUUUUGUUUUGCUUUGGGCCCCUAGUGUUACUCACUUUUCCUGAUACCAAUCUGGAAUGGAAAUUUGCACAACAACAGCACUUGCCCAAGGAGCAUUUGUUUCUGAGUUUUUAAAACGCAGGAAAGACCCUGUGUAAACAGUGCCCAAUUCCUGCAUAGGACUGUAGUCUAAUCAUCAGCUGACAUCACAAAAUGAAACUAACUUUAUUAAUCUGUGGUUUGCACAUUUUUUAAUAGCUUGGCUAAUAGCUCUGCACUCCAUCUCCUGGUAGGAAAAAUCACACAAAGACUUCUAAGGUUUAUUUGAACUUCCUGUGUGAAGCAUGAAAAUUUUAACCUUGGUAAUUAUCAGCAGCUAACUUGGCUUCUUUCAUUUUGUGCAAUUACUGUAUUGAACUUGUAUGUAUAUUUGGAAACUUUCCUGAACUUACCUUACAAUCUCUUCUCUUUCUUCUUCUUUUUGUUUUUUGUUCUGUUUUUUGUUUUUGGUGAUACUUAGUUAUAUCUUGGUACAGUUGCUCUUUAAAGCUUUUGUUAUUUUGGUUAGUAUCUUAAAAC